GCCUAUUUGGUUUAUUUAAUGUUUACAUGAUUCUCUAGUAGACUUAAGAUGUGAAGAUCCAAAUAAUAGAAAAAUCCAUUAUCCAGCAAACCCCAGGUACCGAGUAUUCUGGAUAUCAGGUCCCAUGAUUUCUAAUUGAAGUACAUUGCAAAUAUAGCUUUAUGAGCAGUACCUGCAAUAUUGUUUUUCUCUUACGGCUCGGGGGACACAGGAACCACGGGGUUAAGCUCCUCCUCCAGGAGGCAGGACACUGAUAGCAAAGCUGAAACUCCUCCUUCUCCCUCUUCUAUAUACCGCCUGCUUAACUCCCUUAAAUCAGUUUUUCAGUGUCCUGCUUCCAAGGAGGUAGGGACUAGGCCUCUAGGAGGCCCUACUGGUAGUGAUUCUACGGUCAAUGAAUAGCAUUGACACCCGGGGUGAGACUAGAGUCAGGGACAGUCCUGUUCUCCAAGGUUAGCCCCCAUCGCGGGAUUCCUCGGCUGGGGUCUGUAAGUCUUGCUUGCAAGCUGGCCAUCCAUCACAUAGGGCCUGCCAGCAUGGCAGGACCCUGACUGGCCAGUCUGAGAGGCUUCUGAGGGGAGCUCUGGGUCCCUGGAAUAUCGGUAAGUACACCGCUAGUGCAUUUCAGGGACCGCAUUUAUCCUGCAGCCCUCUCACCAACGCACUGGGGGGAGGGAGAGGUAGCGGUGAGCGGCCCCGUGCAGGGGAGGAGGAGUACGCCGUCAGGAGGGGGCAUUAGGACCCAGAAGCGGCAGUUCCUGUGCGCUCGCCUGACGACGUCAUUUCCUUCCCGGCUCCUCGCGUCCUAGCACGGCGCUGCAGUCAGCGCGCACGGGUCUUCAGUAACGCCGUUGGCGCGUGGAGAGCCUUAUCCACGGCGAGGUGCGGGAGUAUCCAGGCACGGGUGGCUGCUGCUUCUCCUUCUCCGUCAGGUGCGGUUGGUGGGGGAGGAGGUUAGGUGCGGGAGUACACGCUCCAGAGGCCUAAGGCUGCAGGGAGGCCAUGUUUCCCAGGGGAGGGAAGACUAGGUCCUCUGCCUCAAUUACUUACCUUGCCUGCGCUUCAUGCGGCGCCAAAUUUCCCAAGGGUCAAGGGGACCCGACCUGUGCAGCUUGCACAGCAUCAGGGGAGACUUCUAAUCCCUCCAUAGCUCUGGAGGUUUCAGAAUUGGCGAGUGAUGCUCCUGCUGGGGUCUCUUCAGGGGCUUCAGCUUCCCAUCCCUAUUCUAUGGGGGACAAUCCUCCUACUUGGGCGCUACAGCUGUCCCAAUCCCUGGCUAGCCUACAGGGAAUUGCAAACCUGUCAUCGUCUCAGGAUAAGUUUGUUGCUCACUUAUCUGUUCAACCUCAGGCUAAGCACAGGAAGGCCCCGAGCAAGAGAAGGGUGCCUUUGUCCGUAUCAUCGGAGGAUUCAGCGGACGAUAUCGGUGACUCUGAGAUUAGCGAGGGUGAGAUUUCGUCCGCAUCUUCAGAGGGUAUUCCUGAUCCUGACAAGGAGGUGCCACAUGAUAUUCAGGGAAUUAUCAGAGCAAUCAAGACCUCCCUUCAGUUGGAGGACCCAUCUGGAGCGGGGUCGGGAGCCAAGGGACCAUUUAAGCGACAGCGUAAACAGAGUGCUGAAUUUCCUUUUCACGAUCAGUUGGGUGAGGUUAUCCAGCAGGAAUGGGACUGCCCAGAAAAGAAGUUUCAACCUUCACGCAGGUUUUCUCGUUCUUAUCCCUUUGCCAGGGAGUUAACAGAGAAAUGGGGCGUUCCUCCAGCAGUAGACGCUCCGGUAUCACGCUUGUCCAAGAAUACAGCUCUUCCUGUCCCAGAUGCGGCUGCCUUUAAGGAUCCCACCGACAAACGCCUUGAGGGGUUCUUACGUUCAAUUUUUAUUUCCGCAGGCUCCACCUUUAGGCCUAUCAUUGCAGCGGCGUGGGUCAGCAGGGCUAUGGCGGACUGGGCUCAGGAGCUCCUGGAUGGCCUCAAGAAUAAUUUGCCCAGGGCAGAAUUAUCUUCCCUAGCUGAUCAGAUGGUGGACGCCAAUGCAUUCCUGGGAGACGCUCUUCUGGACUCAUUGCAGGCAUCCGCUAGAACAUCAGCCACUGCAGUAGCAGCGCGCAGAGCACUCUGGCUGAAGCACUGGACGGCGGAUCUCAGCUCUAAGAAGGCUCUAAUAUCCAUGGCCUUUAAGGGCAGACGUCUGUUUGGUGAUGAGUUAGAGAAGAUAAUUUCUCAGGCCACUGGGGGGAAGAGCACUUUACUGCCCCAACACAAAUCCCGCAUCCAUACCGGCCAGAGGCGCGGCAGGUUUUUUCGUGGCCAAACCUCCAGAUCAUCUAGAGAAGUUCGACCCACCUCUUCCUUCCGAUCCAAGAACAGGUUUCAACAUAAGAGCAAAGUCAGGCCUGGCAGCCUCGGAAGAACCAACAGAAGCCCUCCCCUGACAAGUCCUCUUCACAAUGACGGGACAGGCCCUCCGGUGCCAGAUCAGGCAGUGGGGGGUCACUUGCUUUGGUUCCGGGAGGUAUGGCACGACUGGGUGUCAGAUGCGUGGGUUCACGAGCUUGUAGCGGAGGUGUACAAGAUAGAGUUUCUAUCUCGUCCCCCAGAACGAUUCUUCCUUUCCAGGAUUCCUCAGAGAAACCCAAAGAGAGAGGCUUUUUUUUACAGUGGUUUCGGGACUUCUUCAGGCCGGAGUUAUCGUGCCAGUCCCAGAGGACCAGAUCUUCCAGGGUUUCUACUCAAAUUUAUUUGUGGUGCCCAAGAAGAAUGGCUCCUUUCGACCAGUUCUGGAUCUAAAGGGUUUAAACAAGUUCAUCAGAUACCCCUCGAUUCCGCAUGGAGACUAUUCGCUCGGUCAUAAGAUCCUUGAGCAGGGACGAAUUUCUGGCAUCCCUGGAUAUCCAGGACGCUUACCUGCAUGUUCCCAUCUGGCCAGGGCAUCACAAGUUCCUACGGUUUGCUUUUCUCCAACGGCAUUACCAAUUUGUGGCUCUCCCGUUCGGACUCUCUUCGGCUCCACGGGUGUUCACCAAGAUCAUGGCAGCAAUGUCGGCGGUCCUACGCCUUCAGGGUAUUUCCAUCACGCCAUAUCUGGACGACAUCCUGGUAAAGGCGGCAUCCCUGGAACAGGCUCAGAAGCAUCUGGCAAUCACCAUCAGGACAUUAGAGCAAUUCGGGUGGUUGAUCAACCGGAAGAAAUCCUUCCUAAUUCCAUCCCAGGUAAUGCAGUUCCUGGGACUAAUUCUGAACACACGUGCCCAGAGAGUAGUUCUGCCACAGGAGAAGCAGGAGAGGAUGCAAUUGCUUGCUCGGCAGCUUAUACAGAUCAGAACAACGUCGGUGCGUUUUGCCAUGCAGGUACUGGGAUUCAUGGUGUCAACCAUGGAGGCAGUACCAUUUGCGCAGUUUCACCUGCGACCUCUGCAACUGUGCAUUCUGCGGAACUGGCGGAGGUCUUCGAUGAAUCAGAGGAUCAGGUUGGAUCAAGUGACUUUGCAGUCUCUACGAUGGUGGAUAGACCCAGUACAUCUAGCGGAGGGCCGACGGUGGGGGGACACUCAGUGGACGGUUCUCACCACCGACGCCAGCCUGACCAGAUGGGGGGCAAGACUCGAUCAGAGAUCGGCCCAAGGAAGUUGGUCUCCCGCGGAG